CGGCAGAUGCCGAAAGAAUAAAAAACACUUCUCACAGGAAAAAUUAUAUUUUGACAAGAACAUCCUUAGAAUAUAAAGUAUUUGUUAGUCUUUAUUGGCAGUUACAUGUUUAGUAAAGGACUGAUAUGGGACUAAAUUCACUUUUAUAAAGUUGAAAAAAAUCACGAUGGGUCUAGCAGAGGAGGAGGUGUUGAUUCGGGACGACUCUGGCCUUCUAUUAGAGGAUGGCGACGUCCGACCACAAAGCAGGCUACACUGGUGUAACAAGCUCUCGAACACACUAAUACUGGCAACAGCAUUUUUUGCCUUGGGUCUAUGUGUGGCAAUACCAGGCCCAACGUUGCUUGACCUUGGUGACCAGGUAACAGCCUCCACGUCUGUAAUGAUGGUUGUUUUUGUUUCCCGCUCCAUCGGCUACCUGCUGGGGGCGCUGUUGGGGGGAGCGCUCCUUGACUGCUUCAAUCGCCAGCUGCUCCUGUUCUGCGCCCUUCUGCUGGCUUCCGUGGCCACGGCUGUCAUCCCCUGGUCUCUCACACUGCUUGUGAUGUCUGUCAUGUUUGCACUGCAAGGAGUGACUAUGGGCACUCUAGAUACUGGAGGGAAUGUGUUCUGUAUCCAGCUAUGGGGCAGACAGAAUGGACCCUAUAUGCAAACCCUGCACUUUGCCUUUGGUAUAGGUGCCUUUAUAGCACCACUUCUAGCUAGACCGUUCCUGUCCCCGGACCCUGUAGGGCUUACAAACUACUCUGCAGGUGUAGUGCAGGGAAACAUCCCAGUAUCAACGGACCUGCAUCAUCAAUUACCCUUGCUCCUUAACAGGACAAACAGGAUCAAGGGUCUGCUGGAUGUUGAAAAUUGGCAAAACAGGAAAUCCAUUCAUGAAGGGGAUACACAUUCAGCGACAAAAAAGUCAAGGUACUUGAGGGAAAGAGGAGAUUAUGGUUUCAAAUUGGACGGAUAUAUAGAACAAAGUUAUAACAACUAUGUAAUUAAUGAUAAAGUUAGCAUAAGACUUAAAAGACAAGGAAAUGCAAAUAAUCAGGACAAAAGUCAGAGUGGUUUCUGGAAAUGGAAGGGGAGUGGGUCAAAAAGGUUUGUAAGAGAUGAACCUGCACCUAAUCCAAAUCCAACAUCAACAGACACUCACACAAUUAUUUCUUCAAAUAAUGCUGUAAAUCACUUAACCUUGACUGAGUUUAUAAACAGCUCUGAUAAACCAGCAAACAGCAACACUACUGAAACCAAUCAGCAGACAUCAGACACAAGUGUGGCAGGUGGAAAUGGCAGCACAACAACACCUAAGAUUUUAACAUCUGUGUCAAUUUCACAACCCAUUCAAAAGGUAAUGAAACCAUUGGCAUCCACAGACAACGGUAGAAAACCUGAAACAGCAGAUGGCUUGAGCAAAAACACUGUUGAUGAUCACCUUAAAAAUGCUGAGAACCAAGCUGUUCCAGUUGAAGAAAAUGAAAAACCUGGUAGUGCACAUGAAGGAAUUUUAAUUGGAAAGGUCAAUUUGACAAACCUUGAAAAUGGCACAAUCAGUACAGAUUUAGAUGAUGAACCUUUCAACUCUUCAUCAACUAUCAAUGGUACCAUUGUAGAGAAAGUAACCAUAACAACACCAGUUGGAUCCCCCACUAAUGUCAGUAGGGCUUAUAUUCAAGCAAAUACUACACCUGGUCCUGUAGCUUCCAAACCAGUGCCUCUGUUGGUGCCUAAGACCUCAAGUUCAACCUUGAAACCUACGACAGUCACAGCCACUUCCACAACAGCUAUUACAAGCACUACAACACAGUCAACAACAACAACCAAACCUACUACUUCAACAACUAAAUCAACUACCACGAAAGUGUCAACUCACCUGACAACUGCUACACAGUCAAGUACUCAGAAAACAACAAACUCUCCCAAAAUAGAGAAGCCUAAAGUUACAAAACUAACAAACCGCCCAUCUUUCACAAUUAAGCCAUCCCCACCAAGUGUUGAAAGCAAUACUAAAGUAACAGUGAGUAGCACUGUCCCUACUCCUGGAAAUUCCACAAAGCCAAUGACAAGUGUGGACACCUUCAUCCAUAGAGUGAAAAAUCUAUCGAGAAAAAGUAAAAUCCGGAUUGCCUAUUUGAUCAUUGGGCUUCUUCUUGUUGUUAGUGCAAUUCUGUUGUUGGUAAUGUAUUGCAAAAGGCACAGACUCUCAGUGAACCAAGAUUUUGAUGACUAUGACCGACCGAAAGGCGUAAAAUUCUGCUACAAAGCAAUUUUGAUGAUAUUGUUUGGAAUAUUUUUCUUCCUAUACAUUGGACUGGAGGUGACAUUUGGUGCCUUGAUCACAACAUUUACAGUGGAUUAUAAUAACUGGCCCAAAGAACAAGGUGUGACUGUGGCUGCAAUAUUCUGGGGAGCCUUAGCUACAGGACGUGGGUUCUCCAUAUUCUUAGCGAGGUGUUGCAGAGCAAAUGUGAUGUUAAUCAUAGAUUUAGUAUUCAUGACAAUUGGAAGUCUGGUAUUAUCAUUUGCCUUAGAAUAUCAUGACAAGGCAAUUUGGUUGGGGACUUUGAUAUUAGGACUAGGAAUGUCCUCUGUAUUUCCAGCGGGCAUUUCCUGGGCAGAGAGGUUUAUCCAUCUUUCUGGGAAGUCAACAGCGGUGUUUGUGAUUGGAUCAGCAGCGGGCCAGAUGUUCAUCCCGAGUUUGACUGGAUAUUUAUACGAGAACCUCGGUUUCAUGGUGUUGAUGCGGGGAUCCCUAGCUUUAACUCUGUCAUUAAUAGUGCUAUUUAUAAUGAUAAGCUGUUUGGGGCGUAAAAUGUCUCAUUUUGUUACAGUUGGUAAUAGGAAUGGAUUCCUCCCCCUGUCUGAGAAUGAUGAUCGGGAUAAUGAAGAAGAUCUGGAGAUGGAUUUGGUGCACUUUAGUAAAUCCAAUGCCCGCAGUCGUCAUGUCAGGAUGAAUGGAGGAGGGGAUGCCCAGUAUCAUGUCCUUAUUUCGGACCUAGAUGAUGACUAAGGUCGAUGUGUGUACAGUGGAUCUGGCUUGUUAUUUGUUAAUGUUGACUCUGCUUAUCAUUGCUUACUGUUAUUAUUGUUCAAAUGAUUUAUGUGUUAUUACUUUGCUUUAAGUUACUUGAGAAGUACUUCUCAACAGCGAUGUAUGAUUUCUUGGUUUCUUGCUUUAAGCAUUCUGUUGAUAAUUUCUUGCUUGAAUCAAGCUUGAAUCAAGCUGUUAAUGGUUUCUUGCCAUUAGAAUUCUAUUAAUGUUACAUGUAUUGUCAAUAUUGUUGUGCAGAACCUUCAACACAAUAAAUAAAUAAUGUUAAAUGUAAUAGAUACAUGUAUUAUCUAGUCUUCUUUGGCAUCAUUAAAGGAAGUAAUGAUUAAUUAUCUUUAUACCAUAGACAUAAUUCAAAUUCACAGUUUAUUCAAAGAAAUAGUCAUAAAUGUAAAUAAUCCACAUUGAAAACUUGUUUAAUUCUCAGUCCUGAUGUUGUAACUUGUAAUAACAAAGUUGAACAUCCGUGUAUACUCAUUUGUUUAUAUCCGUUUAUAUAUGUUUAUCAUCUUGCAUACAUCCAUGUGUUUUUGCUUCAACAUUAGCCUGGAGUAUGUGACUUGUGUUGAUGUACUGGAGGUUUCCUAGAUAACCUCCAGUCUGCCCAGUAAGGUGGGUGAUUUGUAAAGUGUUCAUCAGUGUUAUAUAACGCAAUAUUUUAGUGCAAAUACACAUGUGUUAUUGUAUAGUUCACUGUUAAGUGCUAAUAGUUCUGGUAAUAUCAGCUUAAAGUAUAAUGUAAAAUAUGUUUUUAAUUAACCUUUUUUUAGAAAUUUCCUGUUCAGAAUAUGUUAUGAUUCCAGAAAUGUUAUUUUUCAAUUAAUGUUGAUUGAACUAGCUCUCUUUCACUACAACAUCUAAUUGGAGUAAAGUCUGCCAAAUGUGAUAUUAAAAUAAUUUAUUAAUUAGAUACAACGCAAUUAAAUUAAUUACAAAAAAUGACCUUUUAUACAAUAUUGUGUUCAUUAAAAACUUUCAUCUGAAGUAAAUAAUACGUUUACUUAUUUUGUACAUGACCUUAAGACAGAGACAUCUAUAUCGUAAGGUCUGUUAUCAGACUUGAAUUUCAGUUCUAAUCAGAGUUUUAAUACAUAUGUGUAUUAUCAUACAUUGUCAAGUCCGCUAUUCACUGACGCAAAUGGGUGCAAAAACUGGUUACAGGAGCUGUACUAGUUGAAUUUAAGUGUUUUGAUAUAAGUUAUAUAAUUUACUUCUUGUGCCAAAGAUGGUCUUGGAACUUUCUUUUAUAAAUUUGUGCAAUUUCCCGUAAGGCUUUUUGCUUUAAAAACGGACAUGUGAAUUUUGCAGAUUGUUGCUUAAUUUUUCGUUUUUAAAACUGUUAUUUAAAAAGUUAUCUUAAGGUUCAAACGAUAAAUGUGUUGUGUACCAGAGUUGUUCCCCUUUAUUUGCAAUUUUAAUUGUAAUAAAAUGUUCAAAUUCUU